UUAGAGGGCGCUAGCAGCAAAUUCAGGAACUGAAGAUGGCGACUUCCAUGUCAUCAAGUUAGUCAAAAGAGCUGAGCAUGAACCGAACAUUUAUCUCUUAUAGAUCUGAUCGGUAUUUAUACACGACUUUGAAAAGAUCUGUAGCUGUACAUCUACUUGUGUAUAAAGCGGAUAAUUGUGUUGAAUAAGUUGAAUCCAACAGCGAUCUCUGACUGCAAGUUAGGCGUUGACGUUGCGUUGUCGCCAAGCCCAAGCGAGUGGAUCGGGACAAGACGCUCACGGGGAAGCAUGGGCGUGGAGAGCAGUGCACUUUCCGGCUGUACGUUGGAGGAUCCGCUUCCAGAUUCUGCAUCGGCGCAAGAUUGGAGAAUUCAUCCCGCCAAGAGGCCAGAUGGUUCGAGAGUAUCUGUUUUUGUUCACAAACAUGAUGAAGAUAAAGAACACCAAGAAAUUUAUCAACAUGCUGCAAAACAACUCAAGGUACUGCGUCACCCCACAAUUCUCAAGUUCUUUGCAUCCUGUAACAAUGUUGACAGUACCUACCUAGUAACGGAACAAGUCAAACCUCUGGAGUUGGUCAUCGAGAUGCUGAGUCCAGAGGAGAUAUGUGCUGGGAUGUAUAAUAUCAUUGAGGCUCUCAGUUUUCUUCAUGAUAGGGGAGGCGUGUCCCAUAACAAUGUGUGCAUGUCAUCCAUCUAUGUGAGCUGCUCUGAUGGUGGUUGGAGGCUAGGGGGUAUGGAACAUCUAUGUAAAUUUGAAGAUGCAACUUUGCAGUUCUUAAAUCAGAGCAGACCACUUCGGAACUCUCAAGCCAUACCACCAGAGGAAAAAGAAGAGGGAGUAAAAACCUCUAUAGGCCCUAGUAUAGGUCAUGCUAGAGAUGCUUACGGGUUUGGUGCAUUAGCUCUCACCCUUCUUGAAUAUCUCGGUGACCUUGGAAGUAUAAGUUCAUCUUUCUCUGUCAAGAUGGAAGAGCAGUUUCUGAACCCUGAACCAAAGCAUAGACCAAAGCUAAAGACACUUCUACCAGAUGAAAUGUUCAGGAACGACUUUCUUGACAUCAUAAGCUUCCUACACAAGUUGGUCUUGAAGAGUGAGGUGGAGAAGACUGUAUUCUUUGAAGGAUUAGCCCCUCAUCUCUACCGUCUCCCGGCUCAGCUGGUAGCCUCCAGACUCCUCACGCCAAUCCUUGACAGUUUCGUCAUGGCCGAGCCUGUCGCUGUCAAUAUGCUCUUUCCUCACCUUCUGACACCACGCAGAGAGUCUAAGAAGAACCCCGAGUUCCUACCUGGCCGCAUCAAUCCCAUACUGCCUCUGGAUAUGUUUCAGCGUCACAUGAUUCCUAUCAUUGCUCAGGUCUUUCCGUCAAGGGAGAUGCACGUCCGCAGUCUCAUCCUGCAGUAUUUUUCUAGUUUUGUGGACCUCUUUGAUGAAGGAACUUUGAGGAGGGUCAUACUGCCUCAGCUUUUGUUAGGUUUGAAGGACCAUCACACUAAUCUGGUAGCAGACAGUCUACGUGCCUUGGCAGAACUUGUUCAUCUUCUUGGACCAGAGGUCGUCGUUGGUGGAGAGAGGAUAAAAUAUUUUGUGGAAGGCCGUCCCAAGUUUCCUAAAAAAACAAGCAAUAUCAAAGAGAUGCUCAACAUUCCCAAGCUGACAGCUGUGAGUGGAGUCAUCACCCUCCCUGGUGUGGAGCCCAGUCCCAUGUCUCCACCAGGAUCCUACCCCACCAAGGGGGAAGCAGUGGGGAGCAAUCUCGAGGUUGAGGAGGAGGAGACGUCCUCUGAGACGGGCGUGGCCGUUGGAGAGGAUGUGAUGGUUUCCACAGCAAGGAAAGCAGAGAGGGAGAAGAGGAGAGAGGAGAUGAGGAUAAAGAACGAGCAGAGGAGGAGAGAGAGGGAGGAGAAGAGGAAGGCAGUGAUGGAAAAUAAAGCCAAAGCACCACUCUCCCCAGAUAAAGAAAAGCUUGGUAGUCUUGCUCAUCGUCUGUCACCAGAGGGCAGCAUUGAUAAUGGUGCUUAUCCACUGGGAGAGGACCCCCCAGCAGCAUCCCCAACAAACAUUCCGGCAACAGAUCCCGAUGAAACUCUUGAGAGCGAGGAAAUGACAGGGAAGAACGCAACACAAGAUGGUACGGAGCCUGAAGAGGAUUGGUCAGAUUGGGAGGAUACAGACAACCCUGGACAGAACCGACCAAUCGAAAGCCCUGUUAGAACACCCACGGAACCCAUUCCAAGCUCCGAACCGAACUCUGCCCACGCAGCAGACUGGAGCAGCGACUGGUCGAGAUCCGUAUCUGAUCAGUCAUCACCAAAGAAAUCCAUAACAUCUCUCAAAGGCACUGGCAAACCUCUGAAACUCAAAGACAUGGUGCCUCCCCAGAAGGAAACUCCUGCGCCAAAGACUGCUGAGACCGUAAAACCCAAGGAAUCCAAAACAGCUACAUUUAAAUCCACAACAAGAACUGCACUCCAAUCAACAAUGAAAUUACAAAAAUCAACUCUGAACCCGAAUCAAGACUUUGGUAUCUAUGAUAUACCAGAAGUUAAGCUAAAGUCAAGGCCAGACCCUGAAGAUGAUCUGUUUGCAGAGCUGGCACCUAAACUCAGCUUUAUUUCAAAGGUUUCCUCUGAUGCAGCCAAAUCAACAGUAAGGAAGGACUCAUCCAAAGAUGAGCAUACAUCUGGAGCACUGUCCUUUGCUGUUGCCAAUGACGGAGAUGAGGAUGCGGAUGGCUGGGGUGAUGAUGAUUGGGGCAUUGAUGUCGAUGAUUGACCGUAGGAGUGACCCCGUCAGUUUGAUGACCACUGCCAAGUACAUGCAGAUGACCAGUGACUCGCCUUUGCUUAUGGAGCCUUGCCUGCAUAUUGUUGGCAUCAGACAAUGAUAUGUGGAUGACCAAAGACUACACUUACAUGUACUCUUGCAGUCAAGCAAGGUCACUGUCCAGAUGACUGGUCAUCUCCAUUGUCUAGUAUGGCCGCCACAUUGAUGACAGCUGCAUACCAAAACUACUGCGUUGACAUCAGUGACUGACCAUCACCAAUCCUCAAAGAAUGGAGUAGUUUGGAUGCCUAUUGAUAGACAUCGCUAGAUAGAUGACCAAUGACUGCUAUCAUGCCAAUUUUCCAAUGAGUAGUUUGCUGCUCACUGAUGAUGCGUUGAUAGAUGCUUAAUGGAUAAAGAAGUCAAGAUGCAUGUAGAUGCCUCAAGACCUCCGCACACCUUACGACUGGUCCUCAAUCUGAUUUUUGAACAAAUCGCUUUUUGCUUAUUUUCUGGAACUGAACAAGUAUCUUUUUUAUAAGAGGUUCACAUGAACUGUAAGAAUAAUAAAAAUUUUGGAUGAUGCAAAAUUGUAGCCAAUUUAAUGAAUGACUAAUAGGUAACCAUUUCGCUUUUAUUAAUAAAAGGAUGGAAGAGUAGUUGCAGAUAUGAACAUCAAUAUUCAUACAAUGAUUUAGAACCUUACACAGUGAUAUGUUCCAUGUUUCAAUUUUCACAUCACGUCUUACUACAUUUCCAUUCCGAAAUGGGUGGCAGACCAAUCAUAAGGUGUGCGACAGUCUUUACAAUUGAGAAAUCAUGAAUGGCCAUUGAAGUGGGGGUCCCAAAUGACAAAUAAGUUUACAAAUAUCCUUUUUUUCUCUGCUGUAAGAUGGUGGUCCGUACAUGAAGUUUAUCAAUCAAAUUUAAUAGGUUAUAUUAAGAUCAAUGUGCAAUCGCCUGUUUCACAUUCAAAAUCAUUGUAUAUAUUGAAAUGUUAUUUCAGAAUCCAUUGCAAAGCUCAGAGGAAAUAUAUGUUCUGGAAAAUUUUACUUUUUAUUGCUAUGAUGUAAAAAUAUUCUUGCAAUCAAUAUAAAAAUGCCACUGUUGCCAUAUUCUCGAAAAGUACCAGUAUUGUUGCGAUGCAAGAUUGCACUCUUUUGCAAUGCAGUACAUUUCCAGUGUGCCGUGUUGUACAUGUAGGAGAAACCCGGUAAAUUUUCAUCUUGAAUGUAACAACCUUAUUCUUCUAACAAAUACCCCCCCCCCCCCAUUUUCUUGUAAAAUUUUGGCAUGCAAUAUACUCCCUGCAUAUUUCAUUUUUGAUAUAGUGAGUAUGAUUUGCAUCUGGUUUCAGGGCAAGUAACUUUCCAGUGCAAUAUUCAUACAAUAUACUGGUUGGUAUCAAGGGG